UGACCUCACAUAGUGUUUCUGAAUCGCCAUAGUCAAGUCUCUGUUAGUGUCUUAGGGAUAUUAUAUUAAAGUACUUCAAUUACCGAAAAUGACUGUUUCGUACACAGCUGAGGUGGCCUCAUGCCGCCACUUUGGCUGCUUCUGGAAACUCUUGGCCAGAUGGCGCGCCAGUAUCUACAAGAUUAUAUGGGUGGAUUUAUUGGCGUUUCUAGCCAGUUUCUAUUGUAUGGCCCUGCUGUACCGCUACGUUCUCAGGGAUAGUGACAAAGAGAUCUUCGAGGAUAUUGUCGUUUACUGCCACAGCUAUGGCAGCCUGAUACCUCUCUCGUUUGUGCUGGGCUUCUACGUGUCCAUUAUUGUAGACCGCUGGUGGAAUCAGUAUAUCACAGUGCCCUGGCCGGAUCCCCUGGCGGUGUAUGUAAGUGCGCUGGUACGCGGUCAGGAUGAGCACGGACGACUCAUGCGUCGCACCAUUAUGAGAUAUGUGUGCCUUUCACUGACAAUGGUCCUGACCAUGAUAUCGCCGGUGAUCAAGCGGCGGUUCCCCAGCUAUGACUACCUCAUUGAGGCGGGCAUGCUCAACGCGAACGAGGCAAACAUCAUUAAGGCCAUGGACACCAAGUUUCCCAAGCAUCCCAAGUACUGGAUGCCCAUCAUGUGGGCCAGCAGCAUUGUGACGCGUGCCAGAAAGGAAGGACGCAUCUGGGACGAUUUCUCCCUGAAGUCCAUGAUCGAUGAGCUGAACAAGUUUCGGGCUGGCUGCAACAUGCUUAUCCACUACGACACUAUUAGCGUUCCCUUGGUCUAUACGCAGGUGGUGACCCUGGCGGUUUAUACAUACUUCAUGGCCGCCAUAUUUGGGCAUCAGUGGAUCGACAGGGAGUUGGCCUCCGGGAGCAGAUAUACGAACGUGAUCAAUUAUUACUUUCCCCUAUUCAGCACCCUAGAGUUCUUCUUCUUCAUGGGAUGGCUGAAGGUGGCCGAGACUCUGAUCUGUCCCUUUGGAGAUGACGACGAUGAUUUUGAGCUCAACUGGCUGAUAGAUCGGAAUCUUCAAGUGAGCUAUCUAAUUGUGGACGAGAUGCACAACGAUCAUCCGCAGUUGGUUAGGGAUCAGUACUGGGACGAGGUUUUCCCGAAUGAGUUGCCCUAUGCAGCGGAGGGACAACGGGCUGAACAUCCUGAGGCUUCUACAGCUAGAAUGGACCUGUCUAAGAUCAACACGGUGACUUCGGUUCCGAACAAGGCACACAGCGUCGAUCUGGAACAGGAUUGGACAGAUUUCGAUGACGAGGACGAGAACGAGAACGACCUCAGCAUUCGAUUCGCCCCGCGGGACUUCCGCUUCAGCAGGAGCUCUGUUUCUAUCUCAUUUUCCACGGAUGGCCCCUUUUCACAUAUCGAUGAGGAGUUAUGCGAGGAGGAGAACCUAAGUCGGGAGACAAGUAAAGACGACUUCGAUCGUCUUAAGGAGGAGCGGGAGCGAGAACGCAUCACUCGCCAAAUCCAUCAGGCUGCCAUGACCCUGGAGCUGAUGAAAGGUGAAAUUGCAGCAAGAACUAGCUCGGAGUUGGGCUCGAAAGAAGACCAUGGCAGGCGGAAGGACUCAGAAAUCCAGACAGACAAGAGUCACAUAAGCAAGAAAAAGGGCAAGUGACUUUGUGUUGAGCGAAACUCACAUAAAUGCAUAU